AAAAUAAUUAAGCAUUUGCACAUUGUAGCAUCGAGUAGUGAGUACAUGCACAUUGUGUAACACUAAAUUAGACCCUCUCCAUAUCAUUAUACAAGUACAUAAUGUACAUGUAGAUGAACAUGUAUACGUACUUGAGGUUAUUCGUGUAUAGUCAUUUAAAAUAAUUAUUGCAAGGCCAAAUACACAUGUACAUGUACAUGUACUUUUUAAAAGUCAAAAUGAAAUUUCACUUUCACAAGUUACAUUGUACUUGAUGUACUGUACAAAUGAUAAAGCAUGUUGGAAAUGGAAAUUUGACUUAUGCAAAUCAAAAGCAGUGAAUUGUCGUGUUUGAAGCUACAUGUACGUACAUGUAGCAUAAAUUACAAUAAAAGUCAAAAAUAUUACAACUGUACAAGAAUUUGUGAGUUGAUUAAGUACAUGUAUAAAAGAAGCAACUAAAUGUAUAUUUACUGUCAGAGGCAGUACAUACUGUACAUGCACCUACAUGUACAUGUAACUGUGAGCCAGCUUCUGAUAGAUAUAGAUCUACAUGUACAUGUACCUUCCAAAGUUAAAAACGUGUACAAGUUGUAACAAAUACAAUGUACUGUAUGUGGAGAUUGCCAAACUAGUGACAAAAUACAACUGGCCAAACCUUCAGCCAGAUUUUUUCACUAUACUUCCUACUACAGAGCACUCAAUAACAAUGGCUUAUUGUUGUUUACAUGACAACGGAGGUAGUGAUAAUACCUGUACUGACAUCUAUUUCGCAUUUUCAGGAGGGAGAACAAAUUCAAAGCUAGUCAGCGAGAACCUAAUAACUUUUUCAGGGAGCAUUCACUAACACUAUUGGCAACAUGAAAGUUGGACUAAUCUUAUCUGGGAUUUUUCUGCUCUGUGCUAAAGUUACUUUGGCUAUUAAUUGUGAUGUUUCUGAAAAGAAUGACUGUGGUUUUCUUGGAAUAAAUGAAACCGGUUGUGCAAACAGAGACUGUUGUUGGAGACCAGAUGCUAGCUUAAAGGAUCCUUGGUGCUACCAGACAGAUGUUUCUAAUACUGGCAACUGCAGACCUGACUUGGAAAAAACAGAUUGUGGAUAUCUUGGAAUUCAAGAGAAUGAAUGCAUAGAUCGUAAAUGUUGCUGGCUUGAAGAAGAAGGAGACCCACACUGCUUUAAAAAGUCAUCAGCUCAAAGUGCAUGCAUUGAUGUUAAAGAUAAAAUUGACUGUGGCUCUUAUGGCACUACUGAAGAAGAAUGCAUAGAAAAAGGCUGUUGCUGGAAGGAAAAGGAAAAUGAGCCUUGGUGCUUCUUUAAGUCUGGUGUUAUACCAAGCAAGAGCCCAAGUCCAAGCCCAAGUGAAAGCCGAAGCUCAAGUCGAAGUCCAAGUCAAAGUCGAAUCCCAAGUCCAAGUCCAAGUCGAAGCCCAAGUCAAAGUCGAAGCCCAAGUCCAAGUCGAAGCCCAAGUCAAAGUCAAAGUCAAAGCCCAAGUCCAAGUCGAAGCCCAAGUCCAAGUCGCAGCACAAGUCAAUGUCCAAGUCAAAGCCCAAGUCCAAGUCGAAGCCCAAGUCAAAGUCCAUCUGCACAUAUAAUAGUUUAACUUGUAUUCAUUAGUGGCUACCAAGGAUGAAUGGCCUUAAAUACAACUUAGUUCUAUAACUUAAGUAUACCUUACAUGUAACUAUAUAACUUAACUGUUGGCCUUAAUACAAUGCAUAAAAAUAGAA